AUGGCCACACUGCAACUGGAGAGCACUGUUGUCUUCAUUAUUAAAUCUGAGUCUGUACAAAAGUACAGUACUAAUGCAACGGUAACUACAAGAGAUACAGCUGAUGACUUGGGCAUACGAUUGCCUAGCUCACUGAAACCGCUCCAUUACCUGGUCAAACUCCAACCCUUUAUCAAUGGCAACUUUAGCAUCUUCGGCUACGUGGAGGUGGAGAUGGAGGUGUUGGAACCUACUUCCAAAAUCACGCUCCACAUGGCCGACAUAAUCACCCUAAAUGACACAAUAAAGGUAUAUACUCCUGGUCAAACAAGCCAAGGUGUGAGGAUCGUAGAGCAUGAGUAUGAUCAUGGUCGUCAGUUUUAUAUCGCCCAUCUGAGGAAAGAGCUGCAGAAGGGACAAAAAUACACUCUCUCCAUGGAAUUCCUUGGUUAUCUCAAUGACAAGCUGCACGGCUUCUACAGGUCGACCUACAUAGAUGCUGAUGGCAAAACCAGGAACGUUGCUGCGACACAGUUUCAGGUCACUGAUGCCCGCAGAGCCUUUCCUUGCUUCGAUGAGCCUGCCCUGAAAGCAACCUUUGAGAUUCACCUCGCGAGGGAAUCUUGGAUGACGACCCUCUCCAACAUGCCCAUCGCCGAUACUGUGCCUGUUGAAGGACAGGAGGGAUGGGUGUGGGACCGUUACGAGAAGAGCGUCCCCAUGUCCACCUACCUCGUCGCCUUCGUUGUAUCGGAUUUUGUUCAAGUCAACACUACAGUGAAUGACGUGGUACUUCGAGUGUGGGCACGACGAGAGGCCAUAGAUCAGGCAGAGUAUGCAAUGGAGGUGGGCCCCAAAAUCCUAAGUUUUUUUGAAGAGUAUUUCGACUUGCCUUUCCCUCUCCCGAAGAUGGACAUGGUUGCAUUACCCGACUUCUCUGCAGGAGCCAUGGAAAACUGGGGUCUCAUUACUUACAGAGAACAGUACCUCAUGUACAUUCCGGAAGUGUCAACCCCAGAAUCAAGAGCAACUGUUACUAUAACAAUAGCCCAUGAAUUGGCUCACCAGUGGUUUGGGAACCUGGUGACUCCCGCGUGGUGGGACGACCUCUGGCUCUGUCAUGCAAGAAGUAGUUGAUCACAGUGAAUAUUAUUUUUCUUUCUUGUUCAAUAGGCAGAGCCAACAUGGAACGUAUUGGAAACAUCACUCAUCCAAAGAGUUCAUGGUGUGUUCGAUCUUGACAGCCUGGAGUCCUCACACAGGAUCAGCAUUCCCGUUGGUCACCCAGACGAAAUCGUCGAAGUCUUUGAUGGCAUAUCCUACGAAAAGGGAACGUCCAUCAUCAGGAUGAUGACCCAUUACCUCACUGAAGCAACGUUUAGGAAGGGGUUGAGCAACUACCUGAAAGCUCUUGCAUACAAGAACGCAGUGCAAGAUGACUUGUGGAAAUAUUUAACAUUGGCGGCCCACGAGGAUGGCAUUCUACCCCUGGACGUGACUGUGAAGAUGAUCAUGGACACGUGGACGCUGCAGAAGGGCUACCCUGUUAUUCACGUUAAAAGAAGCCUGGAUGGAACCUCCGCCCUUUUGACACAAGAACGUUUCCUUGUAGAAAGGAGCACAAACUCUUCCAACAUAACUGAUUACAAGUGGUGGGUGCCGCUGACUUACACGACCCAGAGUGAGGCCAACUUCAACGAGACUCAAACCAAGCUAUGGAUGAUGGACUCGGAGGAUUACGUCAUCGUCUUAUCCCUUCCACCCGCAGACCAGUGGGUCAUCUUCAACCUGCAACAGACAGGCUACUACAGAGUCAACUACGAUGACCACAACUGGAAUCUUAUUAUCCAGCAGUUGAAGAAGGACCACCGGGUUAUCAGCCCUAUCAACAGGGCGCAGAUUAUCGGUGACGCUAUGGACAUUGCUAAAGCUGGUACGCCGGAGAGCACUGUUGUCUUCAUUAUUAAAUCUGAGUCUGUACAAAAGUACAGUACUAAUGCAACGGUAACUACAAGAGAUACAGCUGAUGACUUGGGCAUACGAUUGCCUAGCUCACUGAAACCGCUCCAUUACCUGGUCAAACUCCAACCCUUUAUCAAUGGCAACUUUAGCAUCUUCGGCUACGUGGAGGUGGAGAUGGAGGUGUUGGAACCUACUUCCAAAAUCACGCUCCACAUGGCCGACAUAAUCACCCUAAAUGACACAAUAAAGGUAUAUACUCCUGGUCAAACAAGCCAAGGUGUGAGGAUCGUAGAGCAUGAGUAUGAUCAUGGUCGUCAGUUUUAUAUCGCCCAUCUGAGGAAAGAGCUGCAGAAGGGACAAAAAUACACUCUCUCCAUGGAAUUCCUUGGUUAUCUCAAUGACAAGCUGCACGGCUUCUACAGGUCGACCUACAUAGAUGCUGAUGGCAAAACCAGGAACGUUGCUGCGACACAGUUUCAGGUCACUGAUGCCCGCAGAGCCUUUCCUUGCUUCGAUGAGCCUGCCCUGAAAGCAACCUUUGAGAUUCACCUCGCGAGGGAAUCUUGGAUGACGACCCUCUCCAACAUGCCCAUCGCCGAUACUGUGCCUGUUGAAGGACAGGAGGGAUGGGUGUGGGACCGUUACGAGAAGAGCGUCCCCAUGUCCACCUACCUCGUCGCCUUCGUUGUAUCGGAUUUUGUUCAAGUCAACACUACAGUGAAUGACGUGGUACUUCGAGUGUGGGCACGACGAGAGGCCAUAGAUCAGGCAGAGUAUGCAAUGGAGGUGGGCCCCAAAAUCCUAAGUUUUUUUGAAGAGUAUUUCGACUUGCCUUUCCCUCUCCCGAAGAUGGACAUGGUUGCAUUACCCGACUUCUCUGCAGGAGCCAUGGAAAACUGGGGUCUCAUUACUUACAGAGAACAGUACCUCAUGUACAUUCCGGAAGUGUCAACCCCAGAAUCAAGAGCAACUGUUACUAUAACAAUAGCCCAUGAAUUGGCUCACCAGUGGUUUGGGAACCUGGUGACUCCCGCGUGGUGGGACGACCUCUGGCUCUGUCAUGCAAGAAGUAGUUGAUCACAGUGAAUAUUAUUUUUCUUUCUUGUUCAAUAGGCAGAGCCAACAUGGAACGUAUUGGAAACAUCACUCAUCCAAAGAGUUCAUGGUGUGUUCGAUCUUGACAGCCUGGAGUCCUCACACAGGAUCAGCAUUCCCGUUGGUCACCCAGACGAAAUCGUCGAAGUCUUUGAUGGCAUAUCCUACGAAAAGGGAGCGUCCAUCAUCAGGAUGAUGACCCAUUACCUCACUGAAGCAACGUUUAGGAAGGAGUUGAGCAACUACCUGAAAGCUCUUGCAUACAAGAACGCAGUGCAAGAUGACUUGUGGAAAUAUUUAACAUUGGCGGCCCACGAGGAUGGCAUUCUACCCCUGGACGUGACUGUGAAGAUGAUCAUGGACACGUGGACGCUGCAGAAGGGCUACCCUGUUAUUCACGUUAAAAGAAGCCUGGAUGGAACCUCCGCCCUUUUGACACAAGAACGUUUCCUUGUAGAAAGGAGCACAAACUCUUCCAACAUAACUGAUUACAAGUGGUGGGUGCCGCUGACUUACACGACCCAGAGUGAGGCCAACUUCAACGAGACUCAAACCAAGCUAUGGAUGAUGGACUCGGAGGAUUACGUCAUCGUCUUAUCCCUUCCACCCGCAGACCAGUGGGUCAUCUUCAACCUGCAACAGACAGGCUACUACAGAGUCAACUACGAUGACCACAACUGGAAUCUUAUUAUCCAGCAGUUGAAGAAGGACCACCGGGUUAUCAGCCCUAUCAACAGGGCGCAGAUUAUCGGUGACGCUAUGGACAUUGCUAAAGCUGGUAGUCUCAGCUACGACAUCGCCAUCGGUGUUUAUACAUAUCUGCGAAAUGAAGUGGAAUAUCUACCUUGGGCUACAGGUACCAGCGAACUCACCUACAUAGAUGAAAUGUUGAAACGGAAAAGCGGAUACGGCGCUCUCAAGUGCUACCUUCUGGAUUUAGUGUUGCCUCUCUAUGAAGCUGUCGGAUUCGAUGACAAGAUAGAUGACCCUUACUUAGAGCAAAAGAAGAGGAAGAUAGCUGUGAACUGGGCUUGCAAACUUGGCCACAAGGACUGUCUCGACAAGGCGCUCACUCUCUACAGGCAGUGGAUGGCAAAUCCAGACAACACAAGCCAUAUUUCACCCAACCUCAAAUGGACGGUGUUCUGCCGCGCCAUAGAGGAGGGCGGGGAGGCCGAGUGGGACUUCGCGUGGGACCAAUACCUGAGGACCAACGUCGCCAGUGAGAAAAAUCUCCUUCUCUUUGCUUUGGGCUGCACUAAAAGUCUCAAGAUCAUUUCUAGGUACUUAGAGAUGGCCACUAACCCAGCCAGUGGCAGCGUAAAACUACAAGAUCUUGGUGCUGUACUACAUAGCAUCAGUUACAAUGACGAAGGACGCUCCUUGUUAUGGGAAUACCUCACACGUCACUGGAACGAUAUCUACACGUACAAGAAGAAGAGGAGAGGAGAAAUACUGAAGAGCGUAACAAAUAACUUAAAUACAAAGGAGGAACUUCAAGAGAUCCAGUCGUUCUUGAGGAGGAGUGAGGUGUCCUUAGAAGGGAACGAGAGGACCGUCCAGCAAGUCGAAGAGAAAAUUAGAAACAACAUCGCCUGGAUGGACGCCAACUAUGACGUCAUAAUGCAGUGGCUCGAGAAGAACGGUUACUCCUCGAAACUCAGGGUUACAUAA